CCUGUGGAACCAGCGCUCGCUGUCAGUUACAUUCCGGCCACCGUGUAGUUUGCGCAGCUCCGAAAAUCAGUUCCGCCACGUAACCGGUCCGUUAUGUCUGCCAAGAUUAAGUGUGGAGCUGUCGUCGACAUUCUCGGUGAUGAGAUGACAAGGAUUAUUUGGGACAUCAUCAAAGAAAAGUUGAUCUUCCCGUUCCUCGAUCUGGAGAUUCAUACGUAUGACUUGGGGAUUGAGAACCGCGAUGCUACCAAUGAUCAAGUAACCGUCGAGUGCGCAAACGCAAUAAAGAAAUACAGUGUUGGAAUUAAGUGCGCGACUAUUACUCCGGAUGAAGCUCGUGUUGAGGAAUUUAAGCUAAAGCAGAUGUGGAAAUCUCCGAACGGAACGAUCCGAAACAUUCUCGGUGGAACUGUGUUCAGAGAGGCUAUCGUGUGUAGCAACAUCCCCCGUCUCGUCCCUGGAUGGAAGAAGCCCAUUGUGAUAGGACGUCACGCAUUUGGAGAUCAGUACAAGGCAACUGAUUUCGUGGUGCCUGACGAUGGCAAGCUACAAAUCACCUUCACGGCUAAAGAUGGCAAGGUCAUCUCUCAUGAAGUGUACCAGUUUGAGGGUACUGGCGGAGUCGCAAUGGCGAUGUAUAACACUGACCAGAGCAUCAGGGAGUUCGCGAAUUCGUCUAUGCAAUACGCCCUUGACAGGAAGCUUCCUCUAUACCUCUCCACUAAAAACACAAUUCUCAAGAAGUAUGAUGGCCGCUUUAAGGACCUCUUCCAGGAAGUUUACGACAAGGAAUAUAAAAAAGCGUUCGAGGGCGUCGGUAUCUGGUACGAGCACCGGCUGAUUGAUGAUAUGGUCGCCUAUUGUAUGAAAUCGGAAGGUGGUUUUGUAUGGGCGUGCAAGAAUUACGACGGAGAUGUGCAAAGUGAUUCCGUUGCUCAAGGGUUUGGCUCGUUGGGAUUAAUGACCUCCGUACUUGUCUGUCCUGAUGGAAAAACUGUGGAGGCAGAAGCUGCCCACGGAACUGUGACAAGACACUAUCGCAUGCAUCAACAGGGCAAGGAAACAUCAACAAAUCCUAUUGCGUCUAUCUUUGCAUGGACUCGUGGCCUCGCGCACCGCGCGAAGCUUGAUUCCAACGAUGAGCUGGCUAACUUUGCCACUGUACUGGAACAAGUGUGCAUUGAAACCGUCGAGGCCGGUGCGAUGACAAAGGAUCUUGCCUUAUGUAUUAAGGGCGCCUUAGACAAGGUGCAAAGGUCGGACUACCUGAAUACGUUCGAGUUUCUUGACAAGAUUGCCGAGAACCUCAAAGUCAAGCUGGCGGCCCAGUGAUUAGAUAGCUCUCAUGCGACAGUUAAUUGCAAGCUGUAGAGUAGGUGCCAAAUCCUACUGUACCGGAUGCAGGAUGCUAAUUGGACUUUCGGGUAAACUAACGACGCCUCGCAAACUAUGACCCGUUUCACCUUCGGACUGAAUCUUUGUUCUAUGCUCACUCUUUAAAAAAUUGACGAUAUCUGCUACGAUGCAGAAUUAUCCAGUGCGCUAUGAGUCUGUUUGUCAUGGUUGCCUGGUUUUAUCUACGCAGUUAGAUGAAGGACAUUUGAAGGUUUACUGAACGAUAGUAAACCAAAACUACAAUUGAAUUGUGUCAGUGACAUAGGAAGCCUCAAUACAGACAGUGAUUUUUAUUGACAUGGUAAUAUAUAUCAGUGUGAUAGAAGCUAUAGAUGGAGACUCAUAUUAAAAUAUACAUAUACACAUGUGUAAUUGAACGCAGUCCAUUUACACCACCGUACGACCUAAACUAAAGUGCUGUCGUUCAGAAAAUGAUCUGAAAAAUACAAACCUCAACCACCUUCUAUACAACAUACAACAGUUAUUAAGGUAUUUUAUCAAAGUUGAUAUCGUACGCACCCUAUAUCUUUACAUAUACCUUUACAGUAAACUAUACUAAGCGUUAUAUAUAUAUAUAUAUUCUUUCUAUGCUCUGCGCAUUUUGACAAUACCGAAAUGACGGCUAACUUGGAUUCUGACGGUCAUUCAGCCGCUCUUGCUGUACAAGAACGCUUAUACGGUAUAAAGGGGGUACAAAGACAAUAAAGUCCCUUUGAAUUCAC